ACCCAUUUAAAAAUGACGUCCGCCGCCAGUUCGCCUUGCCAGAUAUUUACGUUUCAGGACGCUAAGUGUUCCCCCGACCCGAUAUUCGACAUAAAACCCGAAAGCCUGUACCCGUCCCCAGUUCCCAUUGUAGUGGAUAAUGGCUCUUUCCAAAUGCGAGCCGGUUGGGCUUGUAAAGCAGAAGAAUUUGCGCUUCCGUGGCUGCAGUUUAAAUCCGUGGCAGCGAGGAGCAGAGGAGCAGCACGGAGCGAAACGCAGGUCGGCAAUGACAUCGCGAACCUGGAGCCGCUCCGGUGGCUGCUCAAGAGUCAGUUCGACCGCAAUGUUGUUGUCAAUUUUGAGAUCCAAGAGCUAAUGUUAGACUAUAUCUUUGUUCACCUCGGGAUUGGAAGUGAGGGACAUGUGGAGCAUCCACUGGUCUUCACUGAGGCUCCCUGUAACCCCCUUCACUGCCGGCAGAUGAUGUCUGAACUGCUGUUUGAGUGCUAUGGAGUUCCUCAAGUGGCGUAUGGUGUUGAUAGCCUUUUCAGCUUCUACUACAACAGCACACAAUGUGGUCUCGAUAAACCUCACACUGGAUUGGUGUUGUCUUCUGGAUAUCACUGCUCUCACGUCUUGCCCUUCAUCAAUGGCAGGUUGGAUGCUUUUAACUGUAAACGGAUAAAUGUUGGAGGAAGCCAUGCUGCAGCAUAUAUGCAGAGACUUCUUCAGCUAAAAUAUCCCGCUCAUCAGGCAGCCAUCACACCAAGCCGUAUGGAGGAGCUACUGCAUCAACACUGCUAUGUCGCUGUGGAUUACCAGCAAGAGCUGGAGAAGUGGCGUAGUGCUGAGUUUUACGAGGCUGAGGUUCAUCGCAUGCAGCUGCCAUUCUCAGGCAAGAUAGCAGGGAUGUAUAGUACUGUGGAGGAGAGGCAGGAGAAACGAGUGCAACAGCUCCGCAGGCUUGAGGAGAUAAGCAAUCGGCACAGAGAAGAAAGACUGCAGCAAGAUCAGAAGAGACUGAACACCUUGCUUAUGGUGCAGGAGCUGCUGGAGGACGGUGCAGUGGAGCAGUUUCACAGGCGACUGGUGGAGCUGAACAUGGACUCAGCCGAAGAGCUACAGUCUUACAUUCACAAGCUUAGUCUGAGUGUGGAGCAGCACAGAAUGGCUAGAGAAGAGAUCACAGAGUUGGAAUCGUUGGAUCAGCCUGUGGAUGAAGGUGACUUGGACAGUGAUGUAAAUAAAGAGAGCUCCGAACCUGAAAAGGCUGAUAAUAUCCAGCCAGUGUUUAACUUGGCAGAGUACCACCAGCUGUUUGUGGGAACCGAGAGACUGCGGGCACCAGAGGUUCUGUUUCGUCCCUAUCUGAUUGGUGAAGAGCAGAUGGGCCUUACUGAGGCACUACAGUUUGUACUAGAACAGUACUCUCCAGAACUGCAAGCGAAGUUGGCUGAAAAUGUUUUUCUGACUGGAGGAAACCUCCUAUACCCUGGAGUUAAAGAGAGAGUUGAGCAAGAACUGCUUGCUAUGCGGCCCUUCCAGUCACACUUUAAGGUGUCACUGGCAUCUCAGCCAUCUCUGGAUGCCUGGUUCGGGGCACGUGAGUGGGCUUUAAGGAAUGCAUCUGAAUCUCAUGGCUGGAUCAGCCGCCAGGACUAUGAAGAAAAAGGGGGAGAGUACCUGAGUGAGCACUGCACAUCCAACAUCUUUAUCCCCAUGUGGAUCAGUAAACCAGCAGCACGCAGCAAUGAACUGUCAUUGUCAGCUGCAGAACAUGCUCAGGACAUUAGCGCUUCAACUACAAGCUUGAACACUGAUGUGGCCUGUGACCCACACAGCGGAGCUUCAGGGGUUACAGUGCCACAAUAGACUGGUUGUGUUCUGUGUUGUGUUCUCUGUUCAGACGUUGCUCCACCUAAUGUUAUAGAAGCAUUUAUUAUGUUCUAAAGUGAAGACACAAUGAGGGCGAUUGUGUUACACCGGACGAAAUCUGGUCAGACAAAUCACCAUUAUUUGCAUUUUGUCAGGAGCACUGGAUACUGAGAUGGGGUAAUUGUAUAACAAUAAUCCGUUUUUUUUUUUUUACUCCAGUUUAGACUAUUUUUAU